AUCAAAUCCGAAUAAAAUCUUUCAUUUAAUUGAUUUUCUAUCAUAAGAUAUCAAAAUGAUGUUCAGCGCAGCUGGAUUUAGAUUCGAAAUUGAAGCAAAUAAAUUCAUUGUAUUCAUUAAGUCAUUGCAGUUGCACUAGACUAAUGGCGGAAGGUGACUCUGUAAAAGGUUGUAAACCAUCCCUAAAAUCACGUUUCGUAAGAAAUAAUAAUGUGAAUGGCUGAAUGCAGUGAAUGACAUGUUGAAAGUCACCUGAACGAUUGUAACUGAUACAUUGUUUUUAUAUAGAGACUAAAUAACUCAAAAUGAAGAUCUGGACAUCACAACACACGUUUGACCACCCAUGGGAAUCUGUUGUAAACGCACAAUUUCAAAAAUAUCCCAAUCCAUUUCUCACCGACGUUUUAGCCAUAGAUGUUGUCAACAGAUCAAUAGAUACUAAUGGCAUCUUAAAAUCACAAAGAAUUCUUUCGUCCAAGUUUUUCUUCACAAUUCCCAGCAUACUUCAAAAAAUUGUGCCAAUGAAUCAAACUGUACAAUAUGCUGUAGAAAAUUCAGAAGUUAACAUUAAAGAAAAAACAUGCACAAUGAGAUCACAAAAUAUAACAUUUGACUCUAUAUUAUCAAUGGAUGAAAUUAUGGUAUAUUCACCCCAUCCUACAGAUAAAUCAAAGACUAUUCUGAAGAAGGAAAUAACAUUAGAAGGCCCAUUGAGUAGUUUUGUAAAGAAUGAAGUUACCAAGGUGGUAACCAAAAAUACAGAAAAGGGUAAAGAAGCUAUGAAUUGGGUUAUAGAUCUCAAUAAGAAAGGAUGUACAGAUUUGCGAAAGGAAUUUCAGAAACGUGUAGACAGUGUUAUAUUACCGUGUCCAUCUAAUUAAUAUGUGAAAAAGAAAGGAUUUUCAACUACCAAUAUUGUGAUAUAAAAAGAUUUUUUAAAAAUGUGCCUGAUUUUCGAAGAGGUGAUCUUCUCAAGGAGUGGAUAUUUUAUAACAUUCCAAGACAGUUUAUCAAAAUAUAACAUCUAAAGGAAGCUUCCAUCAUUUCUUUUACUCAGCUCUUAGAAAGAAAGGACACUUU